UCCCGAGUGCUGGGAUUAAAGGCGUGCGCCACCACCGCCCGGCUGGAAAGUAUCUUGACUGCUGAUCUUCUUUGUUCUGUUUCCGUAAAAACAUCAUGAAAUGGCUACUUCAUUGGCAAAUGAUAUUUGGGGAAGCCAAAAUGGGUGUUUCUGGAUUAUGGUCAUUCAUAUUUGAUUCUAGAAUAAACCUCCCCCUUUGGUUCUCUGAAGUGAGUGUUGUUUUAUUCCUUGACGAGGAGCUAUGCAGAGCAGAAGGAGCCGGUGUUGGUGGCAAGCCACAGGACGUCAGCUCAUGGGCCCUCUAACUCCCUGGAGACCUCUCUUCCUGGUCCCUGACUGUCACAGGCCACCUCUCACCCACUCAUAGCAAACCCAGGCCCUUGCAGCUGUGGGUGGUUUUUCUCAGUGUUGCCAUUCUUAACAUCUGAAGUGACAGAGGCCGCAGGCGCCGGAACACUCAUCAAUACUGGGCUCAGCCCGAGUUACGGCCAUCUUCCCUCUAGCUCCGCCCACUACAUCAUAAAGAGACAGGUAACCCCAACAUUCUGGACCAUAGUCAGAGGGCCCUUUAGUCCUUAAACCCCUGGGGGCAGCAGUAGAAUGUGGAUACCAGAGGUUGGAGGAACUGUGCUGAGUAGUGACUUGUAUUGGAGUUGCAUUAGAGAGAGAGAGAGAGUCUGUAGCUAAGAGAGGUCUACUGAUCUCAGGGUAGGACCUAGGAAGGGUAAAGUUCUGGUGAGAGGAGGAAUGAGUUCCCAAGGGUUGGUCUCCCACUUUCCGAAAAGCAGGAGACUUCAAUACCCUGGGACUCAUGAAGGAUUAGUGGAACAAGCCCUUAGCCCUGCUACUAGGGUUUAUUUGACAGCCCAGGAGAUUAAAUUCCUCAGGGCUAUCCCAGCCAGCAGGAGGAGUCUGGGUGAUGAGCAGCCUAGCCUGGAAGAGCUCCCUCACCUUUCUCUUGUCAAGAAGAAACCAGAACAUCUUCCACAACUUGCAAGCUCUGUUAACCGGGGCCAUUUCUCUGACCCUGAUGUUUGUCUGUACAUGGUUUCCAAAAGGGUCCCUCGGGGGAACUCUGCCAAAGGCCAGGAGCACAGGUGGACAUUUGCUGGGGACAAGGGUUUGCUGGAGAACAGUUCUGAAGCAGCCACAACAUGGGAGGCCCAGGCGAAAAGGAGAACAAUGGCGUUGCUUAACAAGGUCAGAAAGCGAACAGAAAAAGCCCCAAACCCAGCCGACACCAGGCAGUUCUUGGAGCAAGAGGUGGCCGUGAAUACCAAACACCCAAGCAAGAAACAGCAACAGAGCCUGGAGGAUCUGAGGUGGGGCCAUCUGGAGGAAGAAGGGCAUGCAGGAGGACCCAGACAACCACGAGGACUUUACACAUCCCGCAGACACGCUGCACCUCUUGAAGAAAACACCUUUCUGCAGGGCAAGAAGAUCAAGCCCCAUUCCAAACAUCCAGUGCAGAUAGUGUGCCCCACACCAGUUAGAGAGGAGGCGCCCGGAGAAGAGCUGAAACCUGCGCCACCAGGCCAGGCCAAGCUGGAAGUCCUGAAAGCCUCCAAAGAAAGGGAAGCAGAACCUCAGUUCCUGUGGGAAAAUUCUUUCCUGAAGGGACAAGCAAGGGUUUUGGACCAGGAUCUGCUGGCAGAAGCCAAACCCCAGCUCCUACACAGGAGGAAGAUGCAGGCCUUGGAAGUGCUGGCCAAAUCUCAUGAUAAAGAAUUCUGUGUGGUCAACACCAUACAGCUGUCUUUUCAGGACAGCAAACUGGGUUCUUCAGGAAGAAACAUAGCGAGGCAUAAGUGGCAGCCCUGGGAGAAAGGUUGGGACCUCACAAUCCAGGGGACCCCAGUCGUUCUUGCAGUUCGGGCACAUACUUACAUCCCUCAGGGAUCAAAAGACCAGUGUGUUCCAAAGACUAGGCUGAGCUUGUCAGUAGGUAAAUCGAGUAUUAUCUAUUCAUAACUGUUGCGUAUCCUAUGAGGUUGGCUUGUGUUUGGGUAGAUGUGAAACUCAUUGCAAGCAGUGCAGCUCAGGUGGAAAGGGAUGCUGGGAGUUGGGAGCCAAGGAGUACCACAAAGUCACUGUAAGCGCAGCAGCUCAUAGCUCUGCUCCAGGGAAAGGUUUUCCCAAUGCAAGUGUGACAGCUCUGCUCAGGCCCCCCAGGAGUGUAACAACUCUGGUUCCCUAGGGGAAAGUUUCCCCAGAGAAACUGUUACAGUUCUGCUCCGGCUCUGGUACAAGUUGAAACAGCUGGGGUCCACUCCAAUGCAAGUGUCACAAAGAACAACAACAAACCUCACUCAAGAGAUUUAUUGGGAAGGAAAAAUCCAGGAGGGUAGCUGCCUCUAAAGUGAGAAACAGCAGCAAACUGAACAGGAUACAGAGCUUACAUAGGAUUUCUUGUGGGUGGUGGUGGAGCUUCCCAGGGUGGUUUGGGAUUGGUGGAAUUUUUGUAGUCUGACUCUGGCAUGCUCAGGGAUUGGGAUUUCAAGCCGUGGUCCUGGAGUCAAGUCAAGGUCAGGGUGUUUUUCCUUGGACCAGGUCUCAGGUCUAUUCAGGGGCAUAUUCAAGGAUGUUUUUUCCUUGGCCCUUUUCAUUCCACAUUCCUCCCAUUUUCUGUUUAUUAAUAAAUGAUGGGGGGUUGGAAAGGGUGGUGACAUUACCAUUAGAUUACUUCCUGUUGAUUGGGGGCAUCGAGGUCCUUGGGGGCAAUCCUGAUCAUCAUCAGGAAGUAACUGGGUGAGGCAGACCUCUGGCUCCAUAGCUAGGGGCUGGUAAUCCUGUAAUAGUAACUGGUUAAAAGCCUGGUCAGAAAUCUUUUGGAUCUGUGGUUAAAGAAAUCUAGACAAGAAGCUUAUAAGGCAGGCUGCAACUAGCAGGAUUAAGAAAAUGAGAAUAGGGGUGAGAAGGGCAGCAUCCAGUUCCAUAUUGGACUUUCAGUGAUCCACUGGCCAGAGACAUCAAGCUGUUUCUUACAUUUUUUUGAAGAUCGGUCUGGAGUUGUUGGAUCAUGUCUUUUACUAUACCUGAUUGGUUAACAUAGAAGCAACAUUCCUCCCCAUGGAAGAGACAAAGACCACCUCUCUCUGCUGUUAGUAAAUCUAAUCACUAAUUUUGUAGCGCUAAAGUGGCCAGUGAGUCUGUUUGGCCCUGGAGGGUUAGGAUGAUCUGAGCCACCCAUUGGAGAUCCUGGAUGAAUCUCGAGAGGAAAGCUGAUGGUAAAUAACUGGGGAGGUAGUCAGUCCUGCCUCUCUGGUGGUGACACCAGUGGUUAUGGCCAGGGCUGCUAGAGAGGGUGACCUGAAGUGUUCAUCUGUCAGGCCAUGUUGCCAUAAACCCAGGGAUGGGAAGUGGCAAGGGUUCCUCACUGGGUACCACCCAUAGCCUUGGAAAAAGGAACACCAGGGCACAAGUCCCAGACCACCUAGUGGGUAGGCAGGGGUAUACUUGAGUGUCAUAGAGAACAGAGGCACUGCAAAUGUCCAGACCUAGGGGCUGGGUGGUGGUACCAAGGGUUAUGGUAUUAUUGCAGCCUGUGGAAUCCAGGGUGCCCACAAAGUGUGUUCCUGAGGAGUUAAAGCACUCUGUGAUACCAGAGAGAUGUGGGAGAGAUAAGGGGUGGUAGUGAUAUUUGGCUCAGAGCAAUUAACAAGUAGCAAGAUGAGAGAAUCUAUAAGACAAUGGGUGAUGUCACAAAUGGUGGCUGUGAGUUUGACCCAGGAAGGACACACAACCAGUAUUCUUCAAGGUGGUCAGGCAAAGUGUUAUUCAAUAGUUGAUAUGUAGAGGUUAAGGUCUGAAAUGAGAUGGUAUGACAGGGAGGCAGGAUCAAUAUCAAAUAAAGGGUGAUAUUAGAGAUGUAAGGGCCCCUCUUUUUUUCAUAGACAGGGUUUCUCUGUGUAGCUUUGGAGCCUGUCUUGAAACUCGCUCUGUAGACCAGGCUGGCCUUGAACUCACAGAGAUCCUCCUGCCUCUGCUUCCCAAGUGCUGGGAUUAAAGCUGUGCACCACCACCACCACCCGGCUGCAUGUAAGGACCCUUGAGGAGCUUUGAACCAUUUCUACCGUGUCUAUACCUUGGGGUUGGAGAGAGUGGGAUGUGGACCCUCUGUGUUUUGAGCAUGCCUGAUGGGAAGCUAUGAUAAAUGCCAUAGUAAAGUUUACCAACGACCCCUUCUCCCAUCUGGGGUGCCAGGGGUCCUUAAUUAGAAUAUAAAAAUUCCCCAUUCUGCAUAAAAGGUAGAGUGCCUCCUGAAUAUGCACCAUGUUUCCUAUAGGGCCAAUCAGGACAGCCACUCUAAGUCUCUGGCCACUGUCAACGGUAAUCUCUAGUUUAAUUACAGAGAAAGCAAGCAUAGGGGGCAGGUGUUUUAGAAGAUGAUUAAGGUGUUACAAGGAUACACAGCUCCCUGCUGGUGAGCUGACUAACCACUAGAAAAAUAGCAUCAAUGGGGAAAGAAAUCUGGACCAUUUUCCACCACCCUAAAUCACUUUCUUAUACCUCAGACUUUCACGUACGUGCCUUCUUAUACUUUAUGAAACAAGCAUUUUUUUUUUUUUGGUUUUUCA